GAUUCUGUUUUUGUAAGGUUAUGUUAUUCACAACACGUGGGCACAUAGAUUUAUUAGAGUUCUUUUAAAAUAUCACAAAAAAAUAGUAUUCAUUUAGAAAGAAAACGACAGAAGUCGGAAAAGAGUACAGUUGCAUAAAAGAAAAUAAACGGUAUUAGAGAAUAAAUAGAUUAUCAAACAUUAUGUCUAAACGUCCAGAACGUUUGGCACCACCUGAGGUGUAUUAUAAUGAAACGGAAGCUAAGAAAUACACACAAAGUUCUCGUAUGAUAGACAUUCAAGUACAGAUGUGUGAACGUGCUAUCGAACUUCUUGUAUUACCAGAGGAUCAGAGUUGUCUACUUUUGGAUAUCGGUUGUGGAUCAGGUCUCAGUGGCAGCGUAUUGGAAGAACAGGGACAUGUAUGGAUAGGUGUUGACAUUUCUUCAGCCAUGCUGGAGGUGGCUGCAGAAAGAGAAACAGAUGGUGACUUAAUCUUAGGGGAUAUGGGUCAAGGAUUACCAUUUAGAGCUGGUGCAUUUGAUGGUGCUGUUAGUGUCUCUGCUCUGCAAUGGUUGUGCUAUGCAGAUAAAGCUUCACACAAUCCUACAAAACGUUUAUAUCGUUUCUUCUCAUCAUUGUUUGCAUGCUUAUCAAGAAGCGCCAGAGCAGUGUUACAAUUUUAUCCGGAAAACAGCGAACAAGUUGAAUUAAUUACUGCUCAAGCUAUAAAAGCCGGCUUUUUUGGUGGUGUAGUAGUGGAUUUCCCAAAUAGUACAAAAGCGAAGAAAAUGUUCUUAGUUUUAAUGACUGGUGGAGCUGUUCCACUUCCAAAGGCAUUAGGUACAGAGAGUGAAGAUAGACAAACCGUGGCUAAUUCAAGAAGAGAAUAUAUGAAAAAAGCCAGGGGUAAAACAUUGAAGAAAAGCAGAGACUGGAUUAUAGAAAAGAAAGAAAGGCGACGGCGACAAGGAAAAGAAGUUAGAGAUAAUUCUAAAUAUACUGGACGAAAGAGAUCUGGGCGAUUUUGAGAUAUAUUUAUAAAAUGUUAUUUUCAAAAUAAUUUUGAUUUAGUUAUUAUUUUAAUUUUACAAAUAAAAUUU